AAUGUUCAUUUGUGGAGCACGCGCUUUCCUAUAUUAUGUUGUUUUUGAAUUCUACCUCGUUUGUUUGGUUGGUGUAAUAACAAGUCAGUUUUCAGAUCAACUUUCUUUUUGUUUAGUUGACAUUGUUUCCACAGUUUUUCUUUUUCUUUUUCGAUACUUUUCAGAACCGAUUCAUUUCUUGUCUAGUUUGUUUUUUUUAAGAAAAAAUAAUUAAGAAUCUGUGUCGGUGUUUUCCCCCUGAGUUAGCUAGCAUCUAUACGCAACAAUAAUGAGAGAAUGGAAAUUCACAUGCUUCAAGGAUCUUAGGAGUGUUUUGUGGCUUGUGUUGUUUUGUGUUUUGUUACAGAGCUUUGGUUUGUGUUGUUCUUUGAAUGAUGAAGGUAAAGCUCUUUUGAAGUUCAAGCAAGGAAUUGUUAGUGACCCUUUUGAUGCUUUAUCGAAUUGGGUUGAUGAUGGAGUUUGGGUUGACCCUUGUAAUUGGUUUGGAGUUGAGUGUUCCGAUGGAAGAGUGGUGGUAUUGAAUUUGAAAGACCUUUGUCUUGAAGGAAAACUUGCGAAGGAGCUCGAGAGCCUUUUUCACAUAAAGUCCAUAGUUUUGCGGAAUAAUUCUUUUCACGGAAUCAUUCCCGAAGGAAUUGUACGCUUGAAGGAAUUGGAGGUUUUGGAUUUGGGCUACAACAACUUCAGCGGUCCUCUAACGAAAGAUAUUGGGAUUAAUAUCUCACUAACAAUCCUUUUGCUGGACAACAAUGAUCUUCUUUGUGGUUUGUCGCAUGAAAUUAAUGAAUUGGUGAUGAUUUCUGAGUCUCAAGUAGAUGAAAACCAGCUAAUUAGUGCAAGAAAAUCGCCAGGUUGUACAGGAAGAUCCAUCAAAUGGUAUGUAACUAAGCAUUUGAAAUGUGUCAUCGCGUUUUUUUACCAUAAUCUGAACUCUUAUGUCAUUCUUUUUUUAAGGCGUAAUCGCAAAAGUGAAAAAAGUCUUCGGAAGCUACUGCAAUCAAGUACUCGUGAUGAUCGUCAUAAUCGUGCAGCUAUUGUUCCAGAUAGUCCUUCUCCGUCUCCGUCUCCAUCUCCUUCACCUUCCCCUUCUACCUCGACAACACCGCCAAAAGUGAAAAAACCAUCUUCCCUUGAUCGAAAUGUUUCUGAUUCUCCUUCUGCCUUGCCCGCACCACAAUCCAAAAGUACCUCAUCGAAGAAACAGCACACUCCUAUUGUGGUUGGAGUUCUGGGUGGUGCUGCAUUUAUUAUCGUUUCAAUCAUUGUCGUAUAUCUCUGGAAAACCAACAAGGUGGCGACCGUUAAACCGUGGGCUACCGGAUUAAGUGGACAGCUUCAGAAGGCAUUUGUGACAGGUGUGCCGAAGCUAAAGAGAUCGGAGCUUGAAGCAGCGUGCGAAGAUUUUAGUAAUGUAAUCGGUACUUCACCCGUUGGAAGCAUUUACACAGUGUACAAAGGGACUCUAUCUAGCGGUGUCGAAAUAGCCGUAGCUUCUGUUACAGUGACAUCGUUGAAAGAUUGGUCAAAGACUUGCGAAGUCCAAUUUCGUAAGAAGAUAGAUACAUUAUCAAAGAUGAACCACAAGAAUUUCGUAAAUCUUCUUGGAUUUUGCGAAGAAGACGAGCCAUUCACCAGAAUGGUGGUUUUUGAAUACGCCCCAAAUGGAACACUCUUCGAGCAUUUACACAUAAAAGAAGCCGAACAUUUGGAUUGGGGAACAAGACUUAGAGUUGCAAUUGGCACGGCUUACUGCCUGCAACAUAUGCACCAGCUAAACCCUCCGCUCGCCCAUAGCAGCCUAAACACUUCAUCCGUUCAACUCACUGACGACUACGCCGCCAAAAUCUCGGACCUAAGUUUCUUGAAAGAAAUAGCUUCACCCGAUAUAAAAUCUUCUGCCAAGAAACGCACGGACGCGACAUUAGCAAGUAACAUUUACAGCUUCGGUAUCAUGUUACUCGAAACUGUAACGGGCCGUCUUCCUUAUUCCAAUGAUCAAGACGGUUCACUUGAAAACUGGGCUUCAAACUAUUUACAAGGGAACCAAUCUCUCAAAGAAAUAGUGGAUCCAACACUAGUAUCCUUCCAAGAAGAACAAUUAGUACAAAUCGGCGCAUUGAUUAAGUCCUGUGUCAAUGCUGAUCAAGAGCAAAGACCAACAAUAAAACAAGUUUGCGAAAGAUUAAGAGAGAUAACGAAAAUAAGUCCCGAAGUAGCUGUUCCAAAACUUUCACCACUUUGGUGGGCAGAACUCGAGAUUGCUUCUUUCGACGCCAGCUGAAAUCGCGAAAAGAAAUUGUGAGUAUGGUGUUUGAAUCAAUCUCGUCGGAGAUGGCGCUGAAAAGAUACUCACCUGUAAACUGAUACCUCUUGUAUCUAUUGUAGGGGAGUAAUAAAUCACAUUGUACAUAAGGGAGAUAAAAAGAACCAUUUUUUUUGUGUGCUUCGUUUGGUUAUGGUUUCAUGGAAUUGCACCAGCAAAAGGUGCCAUAUAUUAGUUAAUUUCAUUUGUUGAGUAAGUUAUUUUGUUGGUUAAAGAUAUUUUUGAUUAUAUUUCUUACUAUAAUAAUAAUACUUUCACUUA